UUCCAGGACUUGAACCCAUGACCUCAUGGUCACAAGGCAGCAGCUUUACCACUGCGCCAAGGCUCCCCUUCAUGUCAUUGAUAGCAUGUCUGAGAUAAAGAUUACCGAGUUGCCCAUUGUUCUUACAGAGACAAGUUCACCGGCCUCAUACGAGCUGAUCCAUUUUGAUCCACCCGAACUUUUCUUCCCCAUCUUACCAAACAAGAAGGUGCUGUCCUCAAUUAAGAUAGUCAACAUUACAGAUUACAAUGUUGGUUUCAAUACAUAUAGCAGGCCAACAAAUGCGGCAUGGUGUCACACAGAGCCAGCAAGAGGAAUCCUGCCACCACAGUCCACACAAAAACUUAUGGUAACAAGGGAACGAAAGGAAGAGGCAUCAGAACAUAUGCAGGUCAAUGACAAGUACUUUGUGUGGAACAGCAUUGUGACCGAAGGUGUCAAAGACAGCGACCUUGGUGAUUAUAUGGUUGAAAAAGAGAGCAAGGAGUUGCCUAUUGUCCUUAGCAAGAUAAGCUCAUUAACCUCAAAUGAGUUGAUCCAAUUUGAUCCCGCUGAGCUCCACUUCCCCUUUUCGCCGCAGGAGAUAUUUCCGUUCACGUUUGAUAUAAUCAACAUUACAGAUUUCAAUGUUGCUUUCAAUGUAUAUAGCGUGGUAAAGAAUGCAGCAAGACGUAAAGAAUCAUUUAUGGAAGGAAUUCUGCCACCAAGAUCCACUAGAGAAAGCACGAUGGUAUGGCAAUUGAAGGAAAUGGGACCAGGAGGCAAGGAGUACGAGUUAGAAGACAAGAUAUUUUUUUGGAGCCGUCUUGUGACUGAAGGUGUCGAAGCUAGAGACAUCAUUGGUUAUAUGAGUGAGGAAGAGAGUAAAGAAUUGCCCAUUUUUUUUCACAAGGAAAGUAGUCCAUGUGCCUCAAAUGAGCUGAUCCAAUUUGACCCGCCUGAGCUCAACUUCCACGUCCUGCCAAACAAGGUGUGCGUGUUCUCAGUUAAUGUAGUCAACAGUACAGAUUACUACGUGGCUUUUAGUACAGGUUUGCCAAACAGCAAAGUGGCCUGGUAUGUAAAACCGUCUGAAAGGAUUAUGCCACCAAAGACCACUCAAAGACUUGUUCUAAAAAGGACAGCAAAGGAAAAGGAACUAGGAGACAUGCAGUGCCAAGACAAGUUGUUUUUGUGUAACAGGAUUGUGAGCGAAGAUGCUGAACCAAGUGACAUCAUUGGUGACAUGGAUGGGGAUUUGACCACUUUUAGUAAGGAAUUGCGCAUUGUUCUUCACAUGACAAACUUAUGCACCUCAGACGAGUUAAUCCAGUUUGAUCCUCCCCAACUACGCUACCCCUUCUUUCCAAACAAGAAGGCACCCAUGGUGUGCUUACUUAAAAUAGUCAAUGUUACAGAUUAUUGUGUGGGUUUCCAUAUAUUGGCCCACCAUGGCAAUUCGGCGAGCUACACUGCAAAUACACAGGAAAUAAGAGUAAAAAGGAUAUCAAAGGAAAGAGAGUCGGGAGACAUGCUGUGCAAAGACAUGGUUAGUGCGUGGAAUGGAAUUGUGACUGAAAGUAUCAAAGUUAGCGACAUCAAUCAUUUCAACGAUCUUGCAGAGAGCAAGGAGUUGCCCAUUGUUUUUACAAAGCCUGGAGAAAGCAGUUCGAUGUAGGCUCGACUUGGUUGAAUUUUGAGAUGUAAAGGCUUGAGAAGGGUAGCUUGUUUCUUAAUGCUACUUCUCUACUUGUCUAACAACACUAUUUCUCUGCGAUACUAGAUUUUAUAAGCACA